AGGCGGACCCGGGAGAAAGCUGCGGAUCUACACGCGGGCGGUGACCGAGUCGGAGGAUCUGUUCCCGGGGGAUCGUGGAGCUGCGGCCAGCCCCGGGGGGGAGUGGGAGAGAGUCGGUCCGGUCCCUGAGCCCGGGGGCCAUGCGGCUGUGACACCAGCCCCCCCCCCCCCCCUCACUCCAUCUCCCCGGGGGCCCGGCUCCGGUGGGGACUCUCCCUGCGCCGGGACACCAUGCUCGGCUGCCCCUGGGCCUGAGGAGGGCCCGGGGCCGGGGCUGGGCCCGGGGCCGGCAGGGAGGCUGGAGCCGGCCGCUCGCCAUGGGCUGCGCUCCGAGUAUCCAUGUGUCCCAGAGCGGGGUGGUGUACUGCCGGGACUCGGACGGCUCCAACUCCCCGCAUCAGACCACCGCGGCCUCCCAGCAGAGCGGAGCCCUGGCCGGCUUCUUCAUCAGGACAGAGCGCUCGGGCUCCAUGACCGGCUGCCGGCCCCUGGCCAACAAGGAGCAGAGGGAACCGGCCCACAGCAUCCAGGAGGAGAGCCAGGCUAAGGGAGCAGUGACUGAGGUUCAGUUUGGACCAAUGAAGAUCUACCAGGAUCCCAUUCAGGUACUUCUAGUGUUUGCCAAGGAAGAUAGCCAGAGUACUGGAUUCUGGUGGGCAUGUGACAGGGCGGGGUACAAGUGCAAUGUGGCACAGACGCCAGAGGCUGCACUGGAAUGUUUCUUAGACAAGAAUCAUGAGAUCAUCAUCAUAGAUCAUAGACAUUCCACAUACUUUGAUGCAGAGGCACUAUGUCGAUCCAUCAGAGCAAUAAAAUCGGCGGAAAAUGCUGUCAUUGUUGCUGUUGCAAAGCGACCACAAGGAGAUCACAAGGAGAGUUCUGUGAUGUCACUGAUUGCUGCAGGAUUCACACGGUGUUACAUUGAAAAUCCCAGUAUCGUUGCCUGUUACAAUGAACUGAUCCAGUUGGAAUUCGGAGAAGUACGUGCUCAGUUCAAAUUGAGGGCAUGUAGUGCAAUCAUCACAGCUUUGGAGCAAAGCCAAGAAUCAAUAGAAAUCACGAGUGAAGAUAAUAUUAUUCAGUAUGUGAAUCCUGCAUUUGAAGUAAUGAUGGGUUACAAGCGAGAGGAAUUGAUAGGGAAGGAGCAAAUGGAAGUGCCUAAAAGUGAUAAAAAUAAAGCAGAUCUUCUAGACACAAUCAACUCAUAUGUUAAGAAAGGAAAGGAGUGGCAAGGAAUGUACUACGGCAGAAAACGAAACGGAGACAGUGUACAGCAGAAUGUAAAGAUAACUCCUGUCAUAGGGCAAGGAGGGAAAAUUAGGCACUAUGUGUGUAUUAAACGACCAUUUAAUGAAAACAAGAGUGACAAAUCCCACUUGUGUGAUCGUGUUCAGGCUGAAUCCCAAACAGACAUCCACACUUGUAAACACAAAGACAGGAGGAAAAGUUCCGAUGUCAGAUCCAACACAUCACGAGGGAGUGAUGGUAGCUCCCAGCCCAGAAGAUCCUCUAUUGCUAGGAUACAUUCCAUGACCAUUGAAGCUCCCAUUACCAAGGUAAUAAAUAUCAUAAAUGUUGCACAAGAGAGCAGCUCUGAGCCAGUGGCUGAAGCUUUGGAUCGUGUGCUGGAAAUUCUUCGAACAACAGAACUAUAUUCUCCGCAGCUUGGAAACAAGGAAGAUGACCCACAUGCCAGUGACCUAGUCGAUGGGCUGAUGUCUGAUGGUUUGCGGCGACUGUCUGGAAAUGAAUACAUCUUCACCAAAAAUGCUCACACUAUUCAUACUCAUUUUCAUAUUCCUGUCUCGCUGCAUGAUAUCCCACCAAGGAUAACUGAAACCAUGGAGAAUGAGGAUUGCUGGGACUUUGACAUCUUUGAAUUGGAGGCUGCAACUCACAAAAGGCCUCUGGUCUACCUUGGGUUGAAAACAUUUUCACGCUUUGGAGUCUGUGAAUUUUUAAACUGUUCUGAAUCAGUAUUACGUUCCUGGUUACAAGUUAUCGAAGCAAAUUACCACUCCUCGAAUUCCUACCACAAUUCAACGCAUUCUGCUGAUGUCCUGCAUGCAACUGCUUAUUUCCUUUGUAAGGAAAGAGUUAAGCAAAGUUUGGACCGGACUGAUGAGGUGGCAGCUCUCAUUGCAGCCACAGUACAUGAUGUUGAUCACCCUGGCAGAACAAACUCGUUCCUGUGCAAUGCGGGCAGUGAGUUGGCACUCCUUUACAAUGACACAGCUGUGCUGGAGAGUCACCAUGCAGCAUUGGCAUUUCAGCUGACCACACGGGAUGAUAAAUGUAACAUCUUCAAGAACAUGGAGAGGAAUGAAUAUCGGACACUCCGACAAGCUAUUAUAGAUAUGGUCCUUGCGACAGAGAUGACAAAACACUUUGAACAUGUCAACAAGUUUGUAAACAGCAUCAACAAACCUUUGGCUGGACUGGAGGAUAACAGCUCUGGGAAUGGUGGCAAUGAAGAUUCAUGUAAUACCAUCCUCACAUCGCCUGAAAAUCGAACUCUGAUCAAACGUAUGUUAAUAAAAUGUGCAGAUAUCUCCAAUCCCUGCAGACCCCUGGAUCUCUGUAUUGAGUGGGCUGCACGUAUUUCAGAGGAGUAUUUUGCUCAGACUGAUGAGGAGAAACGACAAGGGUUACCUGUGGUAAUGCCUGUGUUUGAUAGAAAUACUUGCAGCAUCCCCAAGUCACAAAUCUCCUUCAUUGAUUACUUUGUUACGGAUAUGUUUGAUGCCUGGGAUGUGUUUGCUGACCUGCCCAACUUGAUCCAGUACUUAGCGAUGAACUUCAAAUAUUGGAAAUGUCUGGAUGAACAGAAGCUGCAUUCUCUCCGUCCUCCUGAGCCGUGAACGGGCCGGAUAUGUUCUCAGACUCAUUGCCAUUUGUACAAGUCCUGCGCUGUUUGCCAUUGGAUUUCUUCAAAACGAAGCAGUCGAGCAUGACAUCCCAAGGAAAAUAUGGGAGCAGGAUGCUUUGCUGGGAUUUGGCUGUCUGCUUUUGGAAUUUUUUACACUGGAUUGAUACUGUGCAAUCCUGCUCCAGUGUAAAGGUCCCAGCAGGACUGAUGAGGAAAAAUAAUUUAUAUGUGAUCUUCACGAUCAGCUGCUGCAGAACACCAUUGCACAUUUUUAAAAACUCAGUCUAAUAGUGUAUCUGCUUUCUUUGUGUUGGAACUGUAUUGAGUAUCUGUACUUUUAUCAUGGAACAGUUUGUGUCAGAGAUUUAUCUUGUCACCUGCACAGAGACCCCACAAAUUCAAUCUGUGCCACCAAAAAAUGCAAGACAUGAAGGAAACCUCAGCAUUUAGUGAAAUGUAUCUUGUUUAUUUUUCAGAUCUAUUCAAAGAAGCACUCCCUCCUCCCUGAGCACUACUGACUCUGGUUUAUACGUUUGAAGAAAAAAAAUACAUAUGUGAAUCUAGGUGCAAAUGUUUAAAACGAAAGCUUUUCAAACACGAUCAUUAACUAUUAUGAUUUAGAUGAUCUGUUUAUUUAUUUUAGAUGUUUAAUAUUUUCUAUGAAUUUAUAUAAAUACUAAAAACAACCAAAGCCAACUUUCGAAUAAGAACAUAAAUUGACAUGAUUCAGAUGUGAUGCUGUAUAGACCUUUUUAUUUUCAUAAUACAAAUACAGAACCUUCUAGAACAAACUUUUUCAUUGCACUAUAUGGAUAAAAGUAUCUGGUUAGUUGUCUGUUAAUGGGGGUUUGCAUUAUGGAAGGUGUUGUUCCUGCAAACCACCUGAGCUGCAGCAAUGUUUUGUCCUUUGUAUCUUUGUAACCCCAAGUUAUCAAUUGCCCUCUUAGUUUUUAUAAAUGGCCCAAUGA